AUGAAGGCUCCAAGUUCUGUCUCCAGCCUGCUUCUGGCGGUAGCUCUUCUGGUUUCACCAGGCUCAGCUACUUCCAAGAAGUCAAACAACAAGACAGUCAUCGCUGACGCUGUCUUUCACAAUGGCUCCAUCUACUCUCUCGAUCUUCUCUCCACAAAAUACUCUGCCCUCGCCGUCAAAGAUGGAUACAUCACCUUCUUAGGCGAUGAAGAAAGCAUUCAGUCAUAUGUUGCGAAAAAUACCUCAGUCUUCAACCUUGAAGGCCGUAUGAUGAUGCCCGGCCUCGUGGACGCCCAUAUGCAUCCCAUUAGUGGCGGGGCUGGUCUUCUCAAGUGCAACAUGAACUUUCAGCCCUUGGGUCUCAGCAAAGUCCUCGAGAAGAUUCAGAGUUGUCUUGAUGACGACAAGGAUAAGAGUGAUGAAGAUUGGCUAGAGGUCAUUUCUCUUGACUACUACGCCUUGGUUGACGAUACGGGUGGCGUCACAAAGAAGGACCUGGAUAAGCUGAAGACAAAAAGGCCUAUUCUGGUCGCGUCAGCUGAUUCGCAUACCUUCUGGGUCAACUCAGCUGCGUUGAAGGUAUCUUCACUCACAAGCAAGACCAAAGACCCACGAAACGGCAAAUUUGAAAGACUUCCCGGAAGUCAAGAACUUUCAGGAAUUUUACAAGAUUCCGCAACGAGCUUGUUAGCAGGGCCGGCACCACCAACAGCCGAGGACAACAUUCGAUCUGCCAGAGCAGCGUUGAAGCUCCUCCGUGAGGAAGGCGUGACAAGUUUCCAGGAGGCUGCGUCCAGCGAGGACGCAGCUCUUGCGUUUGCAGCUAUUAAGAAAGAGGGAGGUUUAACAGCCCGCGGGUUUUUCGACUAUCUCGUGCAGCCACCCAACAACACCGCGGGGAUUGAUGAUCUCGUCAAGGACGUCGUCAAUGUUACUUCGACGUGGAAUGACAAGAAGGAGUUGGGCCCCAAGCCCUCUAUGAAAUGGCACGCUGUGAAGAUGUUCAUGGACGGCGUUCUCUUAUACCCCGCCAACACCGGAUCCCUCAUCGAGCCAUACUUUCAGCCUGUGGCUAAUACCUCCAUGUGGGCACCCAAGUCAGACUUCGGACCCAAAACAUACUGGGACAAGGAGCUGCUCAGCCUAACUCUAACAAAGCUGUUCAAGAACAAUAUCGACGCUCAGAUCCACGUUGACGGAGAUCUCGCGGUUCGAACAGCUCUCGAUGCCCUCGAAGAGCUGCGUAACAAGAACCCAAAGCUUCGUGAUUACCGCGUUGGAUUCGCGCAUAACGAAGUAACCGAUCCUUCAGACUGGCCUCGCUUCGCUGAACUCAAGGCCGAUCCUAUCAUGAGCUUCCAGUGGUCACAAGCUAGUUCAGUCUGGCUCCCGAAUGGUGUUAAGAGUAUGGGUCCAAGACGAUCGCAUUACAUGGAAGCUUUUGGAGAACUUGCCAAGUUUGGGUCUGCUAUUGUUUACGGUAGCGACUGGCCAAUUGAUCCUCUUGACGAAUGGCUCGCCAUCAAGGCCGGCGUCACACGCUCCGGCGAUCCUAAGAACCCUCACUCUCCGGCUUCACAAGGCGCACCCUACGAUGGCAACGGUCUUCCAGGUUUGACUCUCACACGGGAUCAAGCCAUCCGCGCCAUCACGACCGAGAGCGCCCGCUUCCUGCGCGCUGAUGCCUACAUCGGUUCCCUUGAAGUUGGAAAACUUGCAGAUGCCAUUGUCCUCAAGGCUAAUUAUUUUGAAGUGCCGGAGGAGCAUAUCGCUAGACAAAAGACACUGCUGACGAUGGUUGGUGGUGAGGUAGUGUAUAUCGCUGAUGAGGUUGACUUUAAGAAUGGCGUUAAGGCGAAGUUUGCGAAUGAUGAUGAUGUUGGGAGGAUGAUUAAGAGGAGGAGUGUUGGGGGGAUUCAGGGGAGGGAUUUGUCGGAGGAGGGGAAGAGAUCUGUGCAGAGGCUUCAGACUCGUGGGGCUUGUGUUCAUUCUCAUCACUAG